AUGGUCAGAACCACAAAAGGAGACCAAGGUAAAAAUGAGACAGAAGUGACAGAAUUUAUCCUCUUGGGCCUGUCAGACAAUCCAGAGCUGCAAGGUGUCCUCUUUGCAUUGUUUCUAAUUAUCUACACCAUGACCCUGGUGGGUAACUUGGGCAUGAUGGCACUUAUCAAGAUGGACUCCUGUCUGCACACACCUAUGUACUUCUUCCUCAGCAGCCUUUCCUUUGUUGAUGCCUCUUCCUCUUCUACAGUCACCCCUAAGAUGCUGGUCAACCUCCUGGCUGAGGAGAAGGGCAUUUCUUUCAAUGGGUGUGCCACCCAGUUUUUCUUCUUUGGCUUCUUCUUGGGAACUGAAUGCUUCCUGCUAGCCAUGAUGGCAUAUGACCGCUAUGCAGCCAUCUGGAGUCCCCUGCUGUACCCAGUUCUCAUGUCUGGCAGAAUUUGUUUCAUGUUGGUGACUACUUCAUUCCUAGCAGGCUUUGGCAAUGCAGCCAUCCAUACAGGGAUGACUUUCAGACUGUCCUUUUGUGGUUCUAAUAAGAUCAACCAUUUCUAUUGUGACACUCCACCCCUGCUCAAACUCUCUUGCGCUGACAUCCAUAUCAAUGGCAUUGUGAUCAUGGUUUUUUCCAGUUUUAUUGUUCUCAUCUGUGUUCUGAUUGUCCUCAUUUCCUAUCUGUGUAUUCUUAUUGCCAUAUUGAAGAUGCCUUCUGUAGAUGGAAGACACAAAGCCUUUUCCACCUGUGCCUCCCACCUUAUGGCUGUCACCAUCUUCUUUGGUUCAAUUCUUUUCAUGUACUUGCGACCUACUUCUAGCUACUCGAUGGAACAGGACAAGAUUGUCUCUGUGUUUUAUAUAGUAGUGAUUCCCAUGCUUAAUCCUCUCAUCUACAGUUUAAAAAAUAAAGAUGUAAGAGAGGCAGUUAAAAAAAUCUUGCAGAAAAAUAUUUUAUAA